AUGCGGCAACUCGACAGCGUCAUUGAGCUGGGCGGAUUCAUGGAAGACAUGAAGCUCAAGGUGGAUCAUGAGGUCAAGCUACGCUUGACGUUUGACACGGCAGUAGGCACCCUCAUGCUGACCAAUCUCAAGUGCUGGGUGGCAGCGGCGCCACUGCAAGUUGGCCUGGGCGACCUCAUUGUUAGUCGCGACGAAAUGGCACGCCUGGGGCGUCCGAAGAAGCCAAGAAGCCUUUACCCUGAUGAGGAGCGAGCGUGUUUCCCAGAUUUGCAGUCUGGGUGGUUGAUGGAAGUCGACCGAAUGGCGGUCCGAGCCUUGCUCGACGAGAAGGUGCGCGACUGCGAAGGCGCAGGAUGCGCUGAAGUCUUCGCGACACAGCUGUCGAGGCUGUUGCACGGCGCUGAACCCGUCCGAUGCAAGGCGCGUCUUCAUACGACUCAUGUCGCCGAGCUGGUGUCUGCAGGAUUAUGCUACCGAAAUCCCCGUGCGAAAUGGUGCUCGGCACCUCUCAUAGUCAAGAAACCCGACGCGAACGACUUUCACAUGACGGUGGACGUGAGGCCAGUCAACGCUCCGACGGAGCGUAUCAUCUGGCCUAUGCCGAUGCUCGAGGUGAUCGUGGAUCACCUGGCCGAGAAAUGCCAUCAGCGCGGCCUCAAGCUGAACCCAAAGAAAUGUCGGUUCUAUGAAACCGAAUCCCGCUGGUGCUGGCGCAUUCUCUCUUCCGACGGCGUCAAGCAAGACCCCGAACGCAUCAAGGAGUUGCAAGAUCUGAAGAUGCCACCGAUGACCGACCUCAUUGAGUCGGUCUACAAGGCAGCUUGCGGACGGACCCGCCAGAAAGUGGCCAAAGUUGCUUUGGCCGACGUGGGCUGGAGCGCUGCCCAUGCAGCGUGUCUCACGGCUUACAAGCAAGCCCUCAGUCGUGUGGUGACGUUAGCUCAUCCCAAGCAAGACCGGCUGAUCUGUGUGCUUGCUGACGCAAGCGACCUCCAUUGGGGAGAACAUGAGCCGCUCAUGUUCCUGAGUGGAACGUUUUCGGGAGCGGCGCAGCGAUGGGUGAUCGUGGAGAAAGAGGCGUUCUCCAUCGUAGAGUGCUUGAAACGGGCAGAUUACUUGCUCCACAAGACAGGUGGAUUCGCGUUGUUUACCGAUCACGACAGCUGGAAGUUUAUCUUCGACCCAGCCUCAGUCAACGCCGCCAUCCUAAAGUACACGGCGGCGAAGUUGGACCGCUGGGUGUUGCUGCUGAUGAGCUACAACUACACGAUCUACUACAUCGCGGACGAUGUUAAU